UACCUCAUCUUGCGUGUGCGUGCGUGCGAGAGGGUGGGGUGGGAAGGGGAAGAAGAGAGAACACAUUUGGACUCAAGAGAGAGCAGCCGUGCUUUUGCUUGGCGCGCCUCUACCUCCUCCUUUUUCUCUUCCAUGCCGGGGAGGAGAGUGUGUGUGGCGGCCAUGGCAAAGGCGCGUGUGUCGUUGGAGUUCUCCGAGGCUGAGGACCGCAGCAUCCGGCUGGGAUUGUUCCUGAUGGCGUGCGGGGUGUUGAGUCUCUUCAUUCUGGGUUUCUGUUGGAUCAGCCCGGCGCUGCACAGCCUCAACAGCAAGAGCGCCAAUUGCACUGUGGUGUCAGUGUUGCGUCCUGAGGAGACAUUCGCGUGCGUGUUCACCUGUGGCGCGGCCUGCAAGGGCACGUCGUUGUAUCCUUGCCUGCAGGUCUUCGUCAACAACUCUGAGUCUUCUUCUUUAGCUCUGUUGCACUUUGACGAGCAGCAGCUGGUUCUCAACCCCAAGUGUUCGUACGUCCCGCCGUGUGAGCGUGACAACCAGAAGAACCGCGAGAGCGUCCUCCGGUGGGAGGAGUACUUCAACCGUCAGCUGGCGGGCCAGAGCUUCUUCACCUGCUUCUUCAACCAGCACAGGAGGCCCGACGACGUGCUGUGGCGGCGCUCGCAAGACGCCGUCGUGCUGCUGCACUGCUUCCUGUGGCCCGCGGCGUCGCUGUUCCUGGGCGCGCUCAUCGUGCUGCUGACGGUGUGCGCGCGCACCCUCGCCGUGCGCGCCGAGGCGCUCCAGAAGAGGAAGUGCUCGUACCGCUCGUGCAGGGAAGCGGCGACGGCCCGCUGCUUUGGCGAGACUGUGGACACGAACUUUGACCCCGAGCUGCUGUUGUCAUCCAGUCCGCUGUUCUCCGUGCGCCGCCGCGAGCGAGAACAUUGAGGGGGAUGAUCGUCCACCUGCCGGACCUCAAAGACGUAGUGUCACGUGAUCUUUUUCUCACUUCCUGUUCUUAAGGGUUGUCCAUUUUGGACGCCUCAUGUAGCGCUUCAAAGUUUGAAUGUUUCAACUCAGGUCCUGUUUGUCUAUCUGUGGCUCCGCCCUCUUUCUGCACCAUGUGACCCUGGUAGCCGCUUGCAGUGCCUAAUACACCUUGGAAUAAAAGUGUUUAUCAGUCAUCUGAGCAGGGCUGAGGGGGCGGGGCUUAGAUAGGAUGUUUUGCAAGUGCACACACACACACACACACACACACACACACAAAGGUAAUCAUUGGGCGUCAAUAAUGAGGUACAUUUUUACUAAAAUAGUGCAAAGUUUACAUUUGCAGCCAUGGCUUAUUGAAGCCUCCGGAGAGUAUUUACAUCGCUUCACUUUGUCCACAUUUUGUUUUGUUACAUCUUUAGACUAAAAUUCAACAAAUUCAUUUUUGUCAAAAUUCCACACACGAUACCACGUAAUGACAACGUGAAAAUGUUCACAUGUGAGUACGUUUUCACGGCAUUUGCCGUGAAGGUCAAAAGUAGUGAUGGGUAGAUGA